GUUGCAUCCUACCGGGACAAUGAGCUCUGACUAUUCUCAGAGCUGGGGCCGCGAUGGCUGUCCCCGCAGCUCCGGCGGGGGCUUUGGAGGCGGCCGUGGAGGGGGCCACGGAGGGAGCCGAGGUGCCGGCGGCGGCGGCGGCGGGGGCGGCGGAGGGGGCGGUCGAGGCGGCCGGGGCCGGCAUCCCGGGCACCUGAAGGGCCGCCAGAUCGGCUUGUGGUACGCCAGGUUGCAGGGGCAGAAGAACAAGGAGGCGGAGAGGCAGGAGAGAGCUGUCGUACACAUGGAUGAACAUCGAGAAGAGCGGAUUGUGCAGCUGCUGAAUUCCGUCCAAGCUAAGAAUGAUAAAGAUUCGGAAGCACAGAUAUCCUGGUUUGCUCCUGAGGAUCAUGGAUACGGCACUGAAGUUCCUGCUGAGAACAAACCAAGCUCAGAGAAGAAACUUGAGGACCAGGAAAAGAAACUGAUCAACCAAGAAAAAAAGCCCUUUAGAAGCAGGGACAGAUCAUACAUGGACCGAGAUUCUGAGUACCUCUUGCAAGAAAAUGAGCCGGAUAUAACCUUAGACCGACAGCUGUUGGAAGAUUUACAGAGGAAAAAGACGGAGCCUCGGUAUAUCGAAAUGCAGCAUUUCCGGGAAAAGCUGCCUUCACAUGGAAUGCAAAAGGAGUUGGUCAGCCUGAUUGCGAACCACCAGGUGACAGUGAUAAGUGGUGAAACUGGCUGUGGAAAGACCACUCAGGUCACUCAGUUCAUCCUGGAUGACUACAUCAAACAGGGAAAAGGGUCUGCGUGCAGGAUCGUGUGUACCCAGCCGAGAAGGAUCAGUGCCAUCUCAGUUGCGGAGCGAGUGGCUGCAGAAAGGGCAGAGCCUUGUGGCAAUGGUAACAGUACUGGAUACCAAAUUCGUCUCCAGAGUCGGUUGCCGAGGAAACAGGGUUCCAUCCUGUACUGCACGACAGGAAUCAUCCUUCAGUGGCUCCAGUCAGACCCGCAUUUGUCCAGUGUCAGCCACAUGGUCCUAGAUGAAAUCCACGAACGAAAUCUACAGUCAGAUGUCUUAAUGACGGUUAUUAAAGAUCUUCUCACUUCUCGACCUGACCUGAAAGUAAUACUGAUGAGUGCCACAUUGAAUGCUGAGAAAUUUUCAGAAUAUUUUGGUCACUGUCCGAUGAUACAUAUACCUGGUUUUACUUUUCCUGUUGUGGAGUAUCUUUUGGAAGAUAUAAUUGAAAAAAUAAGAUACGUUCCGGAACAGAAAGAACCCAGAUCCCAGUUUAGGAGGGGAUUCAUGCAAGGGCGUGUCAGCAGACAAGAAAAAGAAGGGAAGGAGGCCAUCUACGAAGAGCGCUGGCCAGAUUACGUCAGGGAGCUGCGAGGAAGGUAUUCUGCAAGGACUGUAGAUGUUUUAGAAAUGAUGGAUGAUGAUAAAGUGGAUCUGAACUUGAUUGCUGCCCUUAUCCGACACAUCGUUUUGGAAGAAGAGGAUGGUGCAAUAUUGGUAUUUCUGCCAGGCUGGGACAAUAUCAGCAGUUUACACGACCUCUUGAUGUCACAAGUGAUGUUUAAAUCAGAUAAGUUUCUUAUUAUACCUUUACAUUCACUGAUGCCUACGGUUAACCAGACACAGGUGUUUAAAAAAACCCCUCCUGGUGUUCGGAAAAUAGUGAUCGCUACCAAUAUUGCAGAGACAAGCAUUACCAUAGAUGAUGUAGUUUAUGUGAUAGAUGGAGGAAAAAUAAAAGAGACACACUUUGACACUCAGAACAACAUCAGUACAAUGUCUGCCGAGUGGGUCAGUAAAGCUAAUGCCAAGCAAAGGAAAGGCCGAGCUGGAAGAGUCCAACCUGGUCAUUGCUAUCAUCUCUACAAUGGCCUUAGAGCCAGCCUUCUAGAUGACUAUCAGUUGCCAGAAAUUCUGAGAACUCCUUUGGAAGAACUUUGUUUACAGAUAAAGAUUUUAAGGCUAGGUGGAAUUGCUUAUUUUCUGAGGAGAUUAAUGGAUCCACCAUCAAAUGAGGCAGUACUGCUCUCCAUAAAACACCUGAUAGAACUGAACGCUCUGGAUAAACAAGAAGAAUUGACACCUCUUGGAGUCCACUUAGCACGCUUACCAGUUGAGCCACAUAUUGGAAAAAUGAUUCUGUUUGGAGCCCUGUUCUGCUGCCUGGACCCAGUACUCACCAUUGCUGCCAGCCUCAGCUUCAAGGACCCCUUUGUCAUUCCAUUGGGAAAAGAAAAGAUCGCGGAUGCGAGAAGAAAAGAGUUGGCCAAGGGUUCUAGAAGCGACCACCUGACAGUUGUGAAUGCAUUUAAGGGCUGGGAAGAAGCCAGGCGGCGUGGUUUCAGAUACGAGAAGGACUAUUGCUGGGAGUAUUUUCUGUCUUCAAACACACUGCAGAUGCUGCACAGCAUGAAGGCGCAGUUUGCCGAGCACCUCCUGGGAGCGGGGUUUGUUGGCGGCAGGAACCCUAAAGAUCCCGACUCGAACAUAAACUCAGAUAAUGAGAAGAUAAUUAAAGCUGUUAUCUGUGCUGGUUUAUACCCCAAAGUUGCUAAAAUCCGACCAAAUUUGGGUAAAAAAAGAAAAAUGGUCAAAGUGUACACAAAAAGUGAUGGAUUGGUUGCCAUUCACCCUAAGUCUGUUAAUGUGGAGCAGACAGACUUUCACUACAACUGGCUUAUCUAUCACCUGAAGAUGAGAACAAGUAGUAUAUACUUGUAUGACUGCACAGAGGUCUCCCCGUACUGCCUCCUGUUCUUUGGAGGUGAUAUUUCCAUCCAGAAGGAUGAUGAUCAAGAAACCAUUGCUGUAGAUGAAUGGAUUGUCUUUCAGUCUCCAGCAAGAAUUGCCCAUCUUGUUAAGGAAUUAAGAAAGGAGCUCGAUGUCCUUCUGCAAGAAAAGAUUGAGAGUCCGCAUCCUGUGGACUGGAACGACACCAAAUGCAGAGACUGUGCGGUGCUGUCUGCCAUCAUAGACUUGAUCAAGACGCAGGAAAAAGCAAUGCCAAGAAACUUUCCACCACGAUACCAGGAUGGGUGUUACAGCUGACAGCUUUUCUGUGGUGAUCUGAAAAGGCAGUCUGACGGCCAUUUUCCAUCAUAGUUUUUUUCUAGAUGCUGAGCCCUGGGACAUGACUAAUUCUUGUGUAUAAGGUGGAGACCUGCAGUAGGUACUCAAGACUUCUGUGCAUGAGUUAAUGACUUAAUGAUAUCAACCGUAGGUAGCGAUUAUAAAUACACCAGGAAGUGCAGUGUAGCCUCUGAUCGUAUACCCUGUUGUGGUCACGUCCACGUUUUGGGAGUAGUCCUGUAUAUUUUGAGUGUCGUACAACUUGAAAAAUUCCUUUGUUCUGUUUUGAAAAAUUAGUCUUUCUGACCAUAAUGAUUUAUUAUAGAACCAGUAAAAAUAGAAUGGUUAGCCAAAAAACAGUGUCAAGUAAGAAUUUGAACACAAUCACAUUUUUUUAAAAUGAAACUUCUAUCGGAAGUAAAUUAAUUGGUUGUAAUAAAGCCCAGUAUUUAAUAAAAUGUACAGUGUGUAAAUCUCA